AUGUUGCUUGCUGCGGGGAAAGACAGCGGGAAGGGAGAAGAAGACGGGGAGAAGCAAGUACUGGCGGAAGAGAUGCGGUCAUGGAGGACAAGGACGACCCGCGACCACAGCGGCAAGCAUGAGAGGGGCUGCGAGGGAAAAGGCAAAUGUGGCUGCAGUGACAAGGAGUGUGCACGACGUGGAAGUUGGCACGGAUUCGGCUUUUGGAACACGAAGAGUCUGGCGAAGCGCGACGGUGCUGAAAAACGCGAUCAGGAACACGAGUUUAAUGCUGAAGAACAAGAGUGCGGAGACAGCAAAAGAACAAGAAGACUUUUAGACGGCACGACGCCCCGAGCCCAUCACUGUCGACAUUGCGAGAAGGACGUGUGGGAGUCUGACGAGUUGAGGACCUCAUGGCUGCCCACUGAGAACACAGGGAUGAAAUCGGUGUUCCUCGUGGAUUUUUUGCGCUGCUCUCUGCAGAAAGGGCUUCGCAGCCCAGGCUACCAUGCCGAUGGAGUCUGCAGUGAUGCUGCUCGUGACGAUGCCUGUGAUAGCGCUGCUGACCAGAUUCCGAUUGCUGGCAUAACUCCUUGUGAAAAAUUCCGGUUUGAAGGUAGCAGAUCGAGAUGCUUGGCUUCCAGCCACAGGUGCUGGCGCAGAGGUCGCAAGAUUCUGUCACUGGACAGAGCCGGCUCCUUCGGCGAGGAAGACCCGAAGCUGUCGCUGCGAUCCUGGAAGAGCGAGGGCACGCAGUCGGAGUACAAGUCUGCUGAAGAUGUUGCAAGAGAAAAUUUGUCCGGGUUGAAGAUACAACAUGGGGUUGCCGCUUCGUCUCGGUCUCUAGUGCAAAAGUUCAAUACCAGAGGACGCAAUCUCAUCCGCAAGGCUACACACAUCCGGUUCCGCGAGUCAAAGCAGUUGCACGUGCGGAACUGGCGCUUGAAUGUGGGUGUUCUUCUUGUACUGCACGCAGUUCGGUGUUGCCAGACGGUUCUCUCGACCACUCCCAAUCAAGAACACGCGAAGCCGGAAAACAGUGGAGCUGCAAAAGAGCCCGCCCGGAACGAAGACGCAUUGCUUGAGGAUGAUAGCACGAGUGCUGCUGGCCGGAGUGCGUCAGAGGCCAGCCAGGGAGCCGCCGAAGGAUCUACGACGUUACAUCUAGGAGAACAACCGGAAGCAACAAGAGGAGCCGUGCUGUCGUUCUCGCAAGAAGGACGUAAUUUCGUGCAGGCGCAAGUGUGCGACGCUGUUCAAGCAGACACGAAGACUCUGCAGAUACUAAAAGAUCUUCUUGAUCAACAUCAAAGCGGAGGAUCUUCGUCAGAAGGAGAAAGUUCAGUUGAAAGUAGCUCUGCCGACGAGAAGAGCAAGACUGGGCCAUUGGUCGAGUACCUCCAGAAAAAACUCGUGGAGGCACCGGGGGGUACAAAGAGCGGUAAAGGCUGCAUAAAAGCGGGCACUGUCGCACGUUCGCUCGAGCGCCUACUGUGCCAGGAAGAAAGCAACAAGGGCCAGGUGGGGAACGCACAGCGUAGUACAAUCACAAGCAAGUUCUGCCUCAACGAGCUGGACGCGAAAAAAAAAGAAAAUCAAAAUCCACGAACUGAAGACGAACUUGCCACAAGCCGGCAAAGAAAAUGGUUUGAAGCGCUGCUAAAAUUUCGUGGCGGACAGCGCGAAGCAGAAGCACAAUUGAGGAACUCCUGGCAUGAAAUAUUUGGAGGACGAAGCGGCGAGACUCACCACAUCGACGAACACUCGGGCUCGGAGUCCGAGUCGGACGAAAACUCAGACUCGAAGCCAAACUGGAAGAGGGUCGUAACGGAGUUCAACAAGGCAGAAGUACAGCACAUUGAAAGUCGCUGUAACAUCAUUCCUGAAGUGCAAGAACCACAGUGCAAGCACAUUUACCGAAGGGCCUUCGACCAAAGAUUUCUCUUCAAAAAUCGAGGAGGAGGACGUCGACAGUGGAAUCGCGUGGAAAUACAAGCACGAGCAGCACCCGAUGCCCGCGUGUCCAAUCAUGGUGGGAACAUUGACAAAAACGCUGCAGCUGCGAAGCCUUUUUUGGUAGUCUCCGUGCGUAGCAGGUCAUUCGGACCCGGACGAAUCGCGCAGCAUCACUGGGUCAGGAUUCUAGCCUUCAAAGACAUUCAAGAUCCGAAUCCCAAGGCGUUGUACACAUCUUUCGGAGGGUACGGAAUGAGCUGCGAGCUUGCGGAGCUAGAUCCUUCUUCAAUUCCGGCGCUCCAACGCGCCAAUGAAGAUGAACAGGAGAUGUUGCCACCUUUUUGCCGCGUUGCACACCUGGAGGUGACCACCGGGAAAGAUGGAAAAUGUUUUGGGAGGGACUUGAGACAGUGCGGUGAUCGAGCAGAAGGGAAGUAUCUUAAGCUUACAGAAGAAGUUCUCGAAGAUUUUACUUCAGAGGAUGAGGGGGAAGCUUUCCUUCUGUCGGCUCGAAAAGCUAUGAGCCGGUUUGUUGAAAAUAUCAACUGGUCCUUUCGUCUAUACGAUGAGGAGGAGAAGGAGGAUGAGGAGGAGUUCGAGGAGAAUGAACAAGUUGAAGUUCAAGACCAGGACCACUCGGAGUCUGCUACUCGGUCUUACAAAACAGCGAGGAACGAGUUUUUUCAACAACUGGAAACGUCUUGGGGCCUGGAGCAUGUUCUCGAAGACAAUCAGGAGGAACUUUUGCAAAAGAUCUUCGACGCCUUUCUCCUGGACAGGAACAACCCGAGAAUGUUCGACGUCGACGGACGCAUACUUUUUAGGAGAGGAUCGAGCAAGCUCCAAACGAUAAGCGAGUCGGUGGUUCCUGGUCUGACCCUCGACGACGCCUUAGUGGUUCUGCACUUCGCAUACAGAACUUUCUUCCGAACUGGAUACUCAGCGGCUGGCGAGUCAGGAAGUAAUCCGUCCCAGAUCGAGCAAUAUAUGGACUCUGCUGCGUCGCCCAAGAACUGCCAGUCGUACGCCCUCUUUCUGUUCAACUUCUUUUUCGACGAUUCUGUUUGCAGAGCGCAGGCACAGGCAGCUCGUUUUCCUUACGAGAGUCUAGAGGGGAAGUUCUUUGUUUUCGACACGCGACAGAAAGGAAUGCGGCACAAAUUUGAACGUUUCUGGUCGGACAUAUCGUACUGGCAAGGGAACCUAUUUUACAACGAUGAGCCGCGUUGCCAUCUCUACCAGGUGGCCAGUCCCGAUCGCGGUGAAGGCUCGGCGGUGGUUGAAUUUCCAGCAACCAUUCCUCUGCGCAUCCACCAACAGAAGGACGCCGAAGAAGCUGAAAGUGCGCGACUACUCGGAGAAAGUUCCACCUCCCCUGAAAUUCGGGGCAGAAGAAAUGCACGGAGAAGAAAUGAGCAGUCGCAAGAAAUGCACGGAAAAACAAAAAGCGAAGCUGAAACGGCCUUCGACCCCCAGGGCGCACUAGAGUUUGUGCCGACUUCUGAGCUGGCGGAGACGUCGCGAGCACCACCAGCACCGACCAGCCCUGUGCAGGACGUGCGCGAACAGCUGGCGAGCAGUACUCUGGAGCUCUCUGCUGCGCACGCCGACAGCCAGGAUUCGGUUACCAGAUCUUCCGCAGAAGCGUUUCAGUCGCCGCAGCAUCCUACUUCAUCCACGACAGCCAGCAAAAGAUCGACGGCAACAUCGCCCACUGCUUCGGAAAUCUCGUCGCAAGGCGACUUGAAUGAUCACGGUGCUCUCGAAUCGUCUUCAGUCGAUGCUGGUGUCGUGGAGGAUUCCAAUUCAUUCCGCCCGAACCUACGGCAGGAAACGUCAGACGGAGUUGGUCGUGCGAAGGAACACCACUACACAGCUGACACUGGGUACUUGGAUUUUCCCAGAGGAGCAGCAGCUUUCCUGCAGGAGUGCACACAAGGCUUCGACCGGGGCGGUUUGGUUUUCAUCCUUGCGCUCUUCGGGUUCGCGGUAUUCUGCUGUGUGUUGUCGAGCUUGCGUAGAUGCGUUUGCGCUCUAGUGGAACGCUGUACGGGGGGCCGGAUCGACAUUUACCUCGGAGAGAACUGGUUCGCGCCGGGCAAGGAGGGUCAGCAACUUUUACCCACGCAGAAUGAACCCGCGGCCGCGCGCACGAGCAGAGAGUACUACGGAGCCGCUGGAAACACAGCAAAUACAAGUACCAGUAGGUGUACCCGUAGUUACGCCGCGAAAUGCGUCAAGCGGGGCGCCACAGAGUCAAGUUCGCAGGACGAUAUGCCGAACGCACAAACGAGCAGAGCCGCAUCUGACCACGAGGAGGACGGCUUUCCGUAA